ACCCGUAAGGCCCAAUAAAAUCCAUCGCGGCAUUCGUCGCCCCACCCCCUCCUCUGAAUUCUGCAAAAUCCCUAUUUCGAUUGCCCCCGGACUCGGAGCAGGAUAAAUAAUUGUCGGAGAAAAUGGUGCGAACAAUAAUGCCAGUUGCUCAAGAUAAUUACGAGACUGAACAACAAAAGCAAGCUGCUGCUGAUGUUCUGUAUCAGUAUUCACAAUUUGUUAUGGUGUGCAUUGGAGAGGGAGUUCGACCAAGUGACUUAAGGUUGCACUUAAUGAAGGAAAUUUCUGGAAUGCCAACUACUUUAAAAAAGGCUCCUGUACAAGCAGCAGCUUCUCCCGACUCCAUUGGCGAAGUAUCAUCCUCUGGUUCGUUGAAAGGAGAAAAAUCUAGGAGCUCUUAAUUAUCUCAUAGAUCGGCUUGCACACUCAAGCCAAAUAGAAAGACUCUAUUUGCCUUGUUGACUUCCAUCGACAGUGUAUUAUUACUGAUACAGAUGCGAAUGAAUGAAAAUGUAAUUCAUGUUAGAACAUUGUUCUAUUGACUUUUAGUUGUAUAUAUUGUAUUAUCAGAGAGAUGUUAUUGUGUGUUAUUUGUCAGGUUGUUA